GUCUCUCUUUAGUCUCUCCAGCAGAAGUCUUGUAAGCUGAUUUUCGUUGAAGAACGAUACAUAUAUUUCACAUUUUGUGCCCUCUUGUCUCUCAAAUGAAAAUGGCUCUAUUCAAGUCUCUAGCUUUUAUCGCUUUGCUACUUGUCCUUUCAGCCAUUGAAUCUGAGAGUCGGACUGCAAGAAAGGAUUUGGGUGUGGACCUUGGUGGCGUGGGAAUUGGGGUUGGAGCCGGAGUAGGCCUGGGAUUAGGGGGUAGUGGCAGUGGCUCAGGGGCAGGGGCUGGGGCUGGGUCUGGUUCAGGUUCUGGUUCCGGUUCCAGUUCUGAAUCAAGUUCCUCCUCUUCGUCCAGGUCAAGUUCAAGUUCCGGAGGCUCCGGUGCGGGUUCUGAAGCAGGUUCAUCUGCCGGCUCCUACGCCGGGUCUCGAGCUGGUUCAGGAUCAGGUGGCAAACAAGGAGCAGGCUCAGGAUCCGGCUCUGGACACGGUGAGGGAUAUGGCGAGGGUUCUGGCAGGGGAAGUGGCUCCGGAAACGGCGAAGGGUAUGGUGAGGGCCGUGGCCAUGGAUCAGGAUAUGGCAGUGGCAGUGGCAGUGGCAAUUAAAUGAAAAAAAAAAUUGCUAUAUUUAAAUAAGUGUUUGACGCAUUUUAGUUUUCUUCAAGACUAUGAAAAGAGGGUUGGUCCAAGAUUUCCUAUUGCUUGUGUCCAAGCAUGGCUGUUUUUCUUUUUAUCCUCGACAUGUUUCUGUGCGUGCGCGUGCGUCUCUUUUGCAUGGCUGUGGCAUUAUAUUUCAACCAUUUGGAUGCAAAGGAAAUGCUGUAAUAAAAAAUAAAAAAUACCAUUUCUCAGUAUGAAAUUACUCUUUCUUGAGCA